GGCACGUCGGAAAUCUGAGAGCUGCAGACCACUUCAUUCUUGAUUCUUUCUGCGCCGUUGUCACAAGAACCGCUUUACUUCUGCCCAUUGACGUUUGUAGCGCGCAAUGACAGACUCACCGUUACCAAGGAUCCCGUUGGACCCGAAAGAGCAGCCCAUUCUCGACAAGCUGCAAUCGAUACGGACCCAGCUCGAAUUGCUGAAACGCGACCGAUCGACAUAUGUCAGGAGCCAGGAUGUGCUUCAACUGUAUGAUCAAGUCAUCGAACAGGUGAUGAUCCUCAACGAGAUUCGAGUAACGAAGCGACUCGAACAGAACAAGGUCGAUUACAUGCUGGAUGACUGCUUCCAGCUCAUCUCGCUUGCAUAUAUGACUGUAGGAAAGAACCACGAACCACCGGCUGUUUACUCCUAUAUUUCCACCGCGAAGCGACUCCUGGAUCACCUCAAAGAAGCGACCUUCUACUCACUCAAGGAUCUGGAUGGGCUUGGCGAUCAGCUGAAAGAGUGUCGGCGCUAUGUUGAGAGAGGCCAGGAGGAGUACAGCCCACAUCUACUCACACUCCUUAACGCCCGCAUUAAAGUCUGUGAAGAGACACUGGCAACACUGCGACUCAAUCUUUCGCAUCUUACACCAGAGCUGACACCAAAGUGGGACAAGCUUGUUUCUCUCCUUCGGUCGCUGGCGGGUUGCAACGCAAGAUCAAAGUUCCCCCACGACGAGGUUGAUGCGUAUGCGAAAGAGCUUUACGAACUUGAGGAAGAGCUCAGAAAGGACGGCAUCACCGCGUACGAGAGUACUGGCUCGACGGAGGACAGGCUCAUCGAGAUGACCGAGAAGAUGCAAUUGACCGCAGCAAAGGAAGACCCAGCGCCUGAAGCUGAAACUCUGAUCUCACAACUGCUCCGACGUAACCUACUUUGGGUGGCUUUGAUCAAGGAGAAGCAAGGGCGAAUCAAUCCUGCAUUUCAGGACGUAUACGACAAGCUUCUGUCCAUCCGAAACAAGCUCGAAAAGCUUUCGCUCACACAAGCAUGGUCUUUGCGCGAGACAGAUCUCUGGGACUUCCAGCGCCAACUGGACCGCAUCGAUGAAUCACGAGCUGAAGAUGGUAAUUUCUACGACGCGCUUGGCAGACCUGCUGAGAUCUAUGAGCAGAGGACACUGCUGUACCUUUUGCGCAAGAGCUACGCCAUUAUCUACCAGCUACUUCUCACAUCUGAACCUGUUUCUGAGGCACUGCUGCCGAUCUACAACCAACUGACAACGCUGAGAAAAUGCUUGCUCGAGGUUAAGAAGCUUGGUGGUGUCUCUUCUCCGCGUGAGCUGUACCCCUACAGCAUGAAGCUCAACUCCAUCGAUAACAUGCGCGUAGAUGGAAAGUUCAUGGUCGGCGACGAGAUCCCAGACGGUCAAGGGAGCGUAACACAGCUCCUAGAAGAGUGUUUCGAUCUUGCCUACGAACUGAGAAAUGAUGCAGAGGACAGUAGCUCGGCGGAAGCAACAUCAGCAGAGGCUACACCGCAAAGCGAAAUGCCCAGUGAACCUGUGGUCGCAAAGUCAUGAUUCACGAGGGUCCUUCGUCUUGGUGGCGUUUUGUCGGGUUCAGGUCAUUAGCAGCCAGGCGUCCUUGCGAUGAGACUUUGGAGAUAUUCGUUGGGUUCUCGCGCACUAUUUUGACGUCCUGUACCCAUAUUCGCGCAUUCAACGCUCAAUCGAACUGUAUUUGAUUGAACAUUUCAAGCUCCUCUUCGGGUGGUGGAGCGACUGGGGCAUCGGCGUCCUUGAAAGUAAGAUGACUUCCAUACGAUAUAC